UUCGAAAGAAGAAAAGACAAAGAAACAAAUUUAAGGGGAAAAAAAGGGAAAAGUUUUGAAAUUAGGAGAGAGAGGGGGUGUUGUUUCUCUGUCUAGAAAGCUUCUAGGUAUAGAUCGAUACAUACGAGCGAUUGGAGUCGGAGAAGGUGCAAUCUGCGAGAAAUGUCGGAGGAAGAGAAGUUGUUGAAGGAGGCGAAGAAGCUUCCAUGGGAGGAUCGGCUUUUGCACAAGAACUGGAAGGUCAGGAACGAGGCUAACAUCGACCUGGCCGCCUUCUGUGACUCCAUCACCGAUCCCAAGGACCCUCGCCUUCGAGAAUUCGGUCCCUUGUUUAGGAAGACGGUGGCAGAUUCGAAUGCGCCGGUGCAAGAGAAGGCGCUCGAUGCCUUGAUUGCAUUUCAGCGGGCAGCCGACGCAGAUGCAGGAAGGUACGCAAAGGAAGUUUGCGAUGCUAUUGUAGCAAAAUGCCUCACUGGUAGGCCUAAGACUGUAGAGAAGGCGCAGGCAGCUUUCUUGCUUUGGGUAGAAUUAGAGACGGUUGAAGUCUUUAUGGAUGCUAUGGAGAAAGCCAUCAAGAAUAAAGUCUCUAAAGCUGUGGUACCUGCGGUUGAUGUUAUGUUUCAAGCUCUAAGUGAAUUUGGAUCAAAGAUUAUCCCUCCCAAAAGGAUUUUGAAGAUGCUUCCUGAGUUAUUUGACCAUCAAGAUCAGAAUGUCCGUGCAUGUGCCAAAGGGCUGACUCUUGAACUAUGCCGCUGGAUUGGGAAAGACCCUGUAAAGUCUAUAUUGUUUGAGAAAAUGCGAGAUACAAUGAAAAAAGAGCUGGAGGCUGAGCUUGCUAAUGUUUCUGGAGUAGCAAAGCCAACUCGAAAAAUAAGAUCUGAGCAAGACAAGGAGCCAGAACCAGAAGCUACAUCUGAGGUCGGGGGUGCUGGACCAUCUGAAGAACCUGUUGCUGAAGUUCCUCAGGAAAUAGAUGAGUAUGAUCUUAUGGAUCCUGUCGAUAUUCUGACUCCUUUGGAAAAGUCUGGGUUCUGGGAUGGAGUGAAAGCUACGAAGUGGUCAGAACGUAAGGAUGCUGUUGCAGAGCUUACGAAACUUGCUUCGACUAAAAAAAUAGCACCGGGUGAUUUUUCGGAAGUUUGCCGGACCAUAAAAAAGCUUAUCACGGAUGUCAACUUGGCUGUUGCAGUUGAAGCCAUCCAAGCCAUUGGCAAUCUUGCCCGUGGUUUAAGAACUCAUUUCUCAGCAAGUUCACGUUUUCUCUUGCCUGUUCUACUUGAAAAAUUGAAAGAGAAGAAACCAACAGUCGCUGACUCGCUUACACAAACUCUUCAAGCUAUGUACAAAGCUGGGUGUUUGAGCCUUGUAGACAUUAUAGAAGACAUUAAGACUGCAGUAAAAAAUAAAGUUCCGCUUGUCCGUUCUUCAACAUUGAAUUGGGUAACAUUUUGCCUUGAAACAAGUAACAAGGCUCUUAUCCUGAAGGCACACAAAGAUUAUGUCCCCAUAUGCAUGGAGUGUCUUAAUGAUGGAACUCCUGAAGUGAGGGAUGCAGCAUUUUCGGCUUUGGCUGCAAUAGCUAAGUCUGUAGGUAUGCGGCCUUUGGAAAGGUCCCUGGAAAAACUUGAUGAUGUCAGGAAAAAGAAACUGUCAGAAAUGAUCGCAGCUUGUGGAGGUGGUGGACCAACUGUUACAAGCUCUGCGACAGUCCAGUCUUCAGUUGGAGGCACGGCAACUGCAGGGAACUCAGAGUCUUCAUUUGCAAGGAAAUCAGCAGCAAGCAUGCUGAGUGGCAAAAGACCUGCUCCCUCAGCUCCUGCCAACAAGAAGAGUGGAACUACAAAGCCAGGCGGGAGCAAAAAAAGUGAUGGUGCUGCUCGGACUGAAGGCUCAAAAUCUGUUGAGCCACCUGAAGAUGUUGAGCCUGCUGAAAUGAGCCUUGAAGAGAUUGAGAGCAGAUUAGGUUCGCUUGUACAACCAGAAACUGUUUCUCAGUUGAAGAGCUCUGUAUGGAAAGAAAGACUUGAAGCAACUUUAUCAUUGAAACAGCAAAUAGAAGGUCUACAGGAACUUGAUAAGUCGGUGGAAAUUUUGGUCCGAUUGUUGUGUGCAGUUCCUGGUUGGAAUGAGAAAAAUGUGCAGGUUCAACAACAGGUCCUUGAAAUUGUUAAUCACAUAUCUUCAACUGCGACAAAAUUUCCAAAGAAAUGUGUUGUUCUUUGCCUCACGGGCAUCAGCGAACGAGUAGCAGAUAUCAAAACUCGGGCCUAUGUUAUGAAAUGUCUUACUGCUUUCUGUGAAGCAGUUGGUCCUGGAUUUGUUUUUGAGAGACUUUACAAAAUUAUGAAAGAGCACAAGAAUCCCAAGGUUCUCAGUGAAGGCUUGUUAUGGAUGGUUUCUGCAGUCGAUGACUUUGGUGUCUCACUUUUGAAGCUUAAGGAUUUAAUAGAUUUCUGUAAAGAUGUUGGACUGCAAUCUAGUGCAGCAGCCACCAGGAAUGCUACAAUCAAGCUUUUGGGGGUUUUACACAAAUUUGUUGGUCCAGACAUCAAAGGAUUUCUUAAUGAUGUCAAACCUGCACUGCUUAGUGCCCUUGAUGCUGAAUAUGAGAAAAACCCUUUUGAGGGGACUUCGGCAGCUACAAAGAGGACUGUUAAGGCUUCCGUGCCUGCAUCUGCUUCUGCUGGUGGGCUUGAUGCCUUGCCACGAGAAGAUAUCAGUAGCAAGAUUACUCCUAGCCUUCUUAAGGGAUUUGAAAGUCCUGAUUGGAAGAUGCGUUUGGAGUCAAUUGAAGCUGUGAAUAAAAUUCUGGAAGAAGCUAAUAAGCGUAUACAACCAGCCGGAACUGGGGAACUGUUUGGUGGCCUACGAGGACGUCUGUAUGACAGUAACAAGAAUCUUGUCAUGCAAACAUUGACUACCAUUGGAGGUGUUGCGGCAGCCAUGGGGCCAGCUGUGGAGAAGGCGAGCAAGGGCAUUCUUUCUGAUAUUCUUAAAUGCCUUGGUGACAACAAGAAGCAUAUGAGAGAAUGCACCUUGUCUACUCUUGAUUCGUGGAUUGGUGCUGUGCAUCUUGACAAAAUGAUUCCUUACAUAAUAAUAGCCCUAACAGAUGGUAAAAUUGGAGCAGAAGGGCGUAAGGAUCUUUUUGAUUGGUUGACCAAACAACUUGCUGGAUUAAGUGACUUUGCAGAUGCUAUACACUUAUUGAAGCCAACAAGUGUUGCAAUGAUGGACAAAUCAGCAGAUGUACGGAAAGCAGCAGAAGGAUGUGUUGGUGAGAUCUUGAGAGUUAGUGGACAAGACACAAUUGAAAAGAAUCUUAAAGAUAUCCAAGGUCCAGCAUUAGCUGUCAUACUUGAAAAAGUGAGACCUGGAUUUGUUCAAGAGUCAUCUGAAUCAUCCAAAACUUUGGCGGGUCCAGUGUCGAAAAGUGUUUCAAAGGUAGCUAAAUCGACUUCGAAUGGUACCGUUAAGCAUGGGAACAGAUCUAUAUCCUCUAGAACCUUACCAACAAAAGGCUCGAGGACAGAUCAAAUUACAUCUGUCCAUGAUAUAGCUAUCCAGUCACAGGCUUUGUUAAACAUCAAGGACUCGAAUAAGGACGAAAGGGAGAGGAUUGUAGUUCGUAGGGUUAAAUUUGAAGAGCUGCGGCCAGAACAGAUUCAGGAUCUUGAGAAUGAUAUGAUGAAAUAUUUUAGAGAAGACCUUCAAAAGCGAUUGUUGAGUGCAGACUUCAAGAAACAAGUAGAUGGCCUGGAAAUGCUACAGAAGGCCCUUCCAUCUCUCGCAAAAGAAAUAAUAGAAGUCUUAGAUAUACUUCUUAGGUGGUUUGUGUUGCAGUUCUGUAAAUCCAACACUACUUGUCUGCUAAAGGUGCUUGAGUUCCUUCCAGAACUUUUUCACAUGUUGAAGGAUGAGGGAUAUUGUAUGACAGAGGCCGAAGCAGCGAUAUUUCUGCCUUGCUUGGUGGAGAAGUCGGGCCAUAAUAUUGAAAAAGUAAGAGAAAAAAUGCGUGAGCUUAUGAAGCAGAUUAUCCAUGCAUACUCUGUUGCAAAGACAUAUCCCUAUAUUUUGGAAGGUUUGCGUUCCAAAAACAACCGUACGAGAAUAGAAUGUGCUGAUCUCAUCGGAUAUCUGCUUGAGGCUUGUGGACCUGAGAUAAAUGGUCUACUGAAAUACUUGAAUAUGGUUGCAAGCUUAACGGCAGAAAGAGAUGGUGAACUCAGAAAAGCUGCCUUGAACACUUUGGCUAUGGGUUAUAAGAUACUUGGUGAUGAUAUUUGGCGAUAUGUUGGUAAGCUUACUGAUGCUCAGAGGAGCAUGCUUGAUGACAGAUUUAAAUGGAAAGUCCGAGAAAUGGAGAAAAAGAGAGAAGGGAGGCCUGGGGAUGCACGAGCUGCGUUAAGACGUUCUGUUAGAGAAAAUGGGCCUGAAGUGGCUGAGCAAAGUGGAGAAGUAUCUCAGUCAGUAUCUGGUCCUUUGUUUCCAAGGCAAAACUUUGGCAUAUCUGAGCCACCAAUUGAGAGGAACCAAAUGCCUCGGUCAAUCUCUGGAGUCAAUGGUCCUACAGACUGGAAUGAAGCUUUGGACAUCAUUAUGUUUGGCUCUCCCGAGCAGUCUGUUGAAGGUAUGAAAGUCGUGUGUCACGAGUUGGCACAAGCUUCCAAUGAUCCCGAGGAAAAUGCAAUUGACGAACUUGUGAAGGAUGCUGAUAGACUUGUUUCAUGCUUAGCAAAUAAGGUUGCCAAGACAUUUGACUUCAGUUUAAUGGGAGCUUCAUCGAGGUCUUGUAAAUACGUUCUAAAUACGCUUAUGCAGACAUUUCAAAAUAAAAAGCUUGCUCAUGCUGUCAAAGAGGGCACUCUGGAAAGCCUUAUUACAGAGCUCCUUCUUUGGUUACUUGAUGAAAGAGUUCCUCGCAUGGAAGAUGGCAGCCAACUUCUUAAAGCUCUCAACGUUCUGAUGCUCAAAAUCCUGGAUAAUGCUGAUCGGACAUCAUCGUUUGUUGUCCUGAUUAGCCUUCUACGUCCUCUAGAUCCAUCUCGAUGGCCUUCACCUGCUUCCCCUGAAGUGUAUGCCACCCGGAAUCAGAAAUUCUCUGAUUUAGUUGUCAAGUGCCUUAUCAAACUCACAAAGCUCCUUCAAAGCACCAUAUAUGAAGUCGAUCUCGAUCGCCUUCUUCAAAGCAUUCAUCUUUAUCUCCAAGAGUUGGGAAUGGAAGAGAUACGCAGAAGAGCUGGAGCAGAUGAUAAACCUCUGAGAAUGGUGAAAACUGUUCUACAUGAACUUGUUAAACUUCGAGGAGCUGCAAUAAAGGGUCAUUUAUCUUUGGUCCCUAUCGACAUGAGGCCACAACCCAUCAUUCUUGCUUACAUUGAUCUGAACCUUGAGACCUUAGCGGCAGCAAGAAUGUUGACAGCGACCGGGCCCGUGGGCCAAACCCAUUGGACCGAUUCAACGGCGAACAACCCCUCGCCUCCUGCGAAUUCUGCCGAAGUUCAGUUGAAGCAAGAACUCGCGGCAAUUUUCAAGAAGAUUGGUGACAAGCAAACCUCCACAAUUGGUCUUUAUGAACUUCACCGCAUCACUCAGCUAUAUCCAAAGGUCGAUAUCUUUGCCCAACUUCAGAAUGCUAGUGAAGCAUUUCGCACUUAUAUCAGGGACGGUUUAGCCCAGGUGGAGAAGAACGCAGCUGCCGGAAGAACGCCUUCAAGCCUACCUCUGUCCACCCCGCCCCCUUCUUCCUUAACCCUUCCAUCUCCCGAAAUCCCGUCAUUGAACGAGGUAAAACCACUAAAUCCUAAACCUGAACCCGCAAAUUUCACAGUCCCGCCUGCAUACACCGAAGACAUUCGAGCCAGUAACAAGAGAAUGAUUCCCGGAGUUACGAGUGGUACGCUAGACGCGAUCCGGGAAAGGAUGAAGAGCAUGCAACUCGCUGCUUCGGGAGGAACCCUAGAGUCAGGGAGCAUACCGCAUGAUGAUGGGAUACUGAACCAGACCGGUUCCCCGAACCAGUCGGUCCCAGAGGCUCCUCAGACGGUUCUCCCCAUGGACGAGAAAGCCUUGUCCGGUCUCCAGGCUCGGAUGGAGAGGCUCAAGAGUGGAACCCUCGAACACCUUUAGAAAACCGAACCAAGCCUAACCGGUUUAGUCGUUUAUGAGAGGUUGGAUGUCCGGUUUACCGGUUUGCCGUUGCGGUCUCAUCUUAACUGUGUUUUGUUUUUUUUUUUUACGUAUAAAUAUUGCUAUUUGAUUUGGGGGAUGUCGUCAUUUAUAAUGCCGUCAAGAUGAUGAAUUUGUUAUUUUUCAUAGAAAACAUUAUUGUGUGUUGUGUUGGUCUUUUUCUUGUCUCUGAAGAGUUUUGAGUUCAUUAA